CGAAGUGUCCACAACUGCAUUACGUUACUGUACUCUUCAUCGUGUCAGGGGCUGGACAGCCUUGAGGUUGUCCGAGGACACGGUAGACGCUGCUGCGCAGGAUACUCUCAUGACGACACGCCUCGACCCCCAAGUAUCGGUUCACCUACAUUUUCCACAGCAAGAGGCUCCUCCUCACCCUGGGCCUGGCUGGACAGCGCUUCGUCUGCAUAUCCGACACCCACUCGGCAGCUAUGGGGCGCUCCCCCAACUCACCCGGACUAUCGACUGGUUAACGUCUUUGGAACACCCUGUCAAAAUCAUCGUAGCAGGCAAUCACGACCUAUGCUUGGAUGAGAACUGGGCGCGGCCGGACUAUGGUUUCCAACCAGAGCGUGCUCGAGCGACUGUACGAAGUUUGGCAUCCGCUGGGCUGUAUUAUCUCGAGCACGAGUCUCUGCAUUUUACUGCACCAUCAGGUAAAGUCUGGAAGGUAUAUGGGUCACCAGCAGCCCCGAUUCACCUCGAAGGUGCCUUUCAAUACGCCUCUUCCACAGAGGCAAAAGCGAUAUACCAGCGUGUACCGGAAGAUACAGAGAUAUUAAUCACCCACACUCCACCGUAUCGAACCCUGGAUAAAACAAGGAAGAGGAAGUACGUAGGGUGCCCAACUCUUUCAUCAAGGCUGAGGCAACUGAGGCAUUGUCGACUCCACGUGUUUGGGACAUAUCCACGAAGCCGCGGGAGCCGGAGUAGACGACGUCGGAGGCACACACCGCGUGUCAGUGAAUGCAGCAGUGCCGCUCAGCGAUAGCAUCGUUGUAGUAGAUAUGCGUGAUUGACUGGUUGGUUGACGACGGU